AUGAACAUCAAGUCUGUCCUUUUUGCUAUCCAUACUAUAACAUCAGCAGCAGCAACAACACUCUACGCCUCGCAUUACGAUGGACACAUCUUCACCCUCUCUCUGUCCGCAUCUCAAAACGGAUCUACCAGCCUCACUCUCGCCAGCACGCUGCAGGCCUGCGGUGAGAUGCCGAGCUGGCUCAUGCUCGACGCCGCCGAGCACGUGUUGUACUGCGUGGAUGAGUCGGGGACCAAGUCAUACGGCAAUGGAUCCCUGUCCAGUUUUGCAAUCUCUUCCAACGGAUCUCUAGCCGAGUCCUCGUCGUCGUCUUCCAAGGUGACAACCAUGCCCGGCGGCGUGGCGAGCGUGAUCUAUCAAGCUGGGGACAACAACAACAACAACAAGAAGAAGAAGAAGUUUUUGGCUAUUGCUCAUUACGCCGGUGCAGCAUUGUCCACCUUCCAACUCCCGCUCACCCCGGACUCGCAACCAAACCAAGUGUUUACCUUCACGCUCACCGAGCCUGUGGCAGAUCCCUCGCGCCAGGACACCUCGCAUCCGCACGAGGUCUUCCUCGACCCGACGGGCAAGUAUAUACUCAGUCCGGACCUAGGUGCGGAUCUGAUUCGCGUGUUUACCAUUGCGUCAGACGGGAUCCUGCAAGAAUGUGACCCGUUCAAAGUAACUGCUGGCAAUGGACCGAGACACGGCGCAUUCUAUCCUGCUUCGGUAUCAAACGACCAUAAUACCACGACAUUGUACAUCGUUAACGAACUCAGCAACACACUUAGUACCUACGCCGUCGAGUAUACCGACGACGACAGCUGUCUAUCUCUCUCGACCCUAAACGAGACUACGCCCUACCCAACAACACCUCUGCCCAGCAACGCAUACGUAUCCGAGAUCCGCAUCCCGGACAACGACAUCUACAUCUCGAUCCGGAGCGACCAGGGCUUUGCGCCGAAUGACUCGCUCGCCACGCUGGAGUUAGUAGAUGGGACAGGACCGUUGGCGGCGUUCAAGAAUUUGUCCAGUUCGUAUGGCACUGUGCCGCGCACGUUUGCCCUCAGUCCGGACGGGAGCAUGGUUGCGAUUGGGAACCAGGCGUCGUCGAAUGUGGCUGUUGUAGCGAGGGAUGUUGAGACGGGGCAGUUGGGGGAGCUGUUGGGGAGUGUACAGGUUGGGUCGGAGGGGCAGCCGGGCCAGUCGAAUGGCUUGAGUAGUGUUAUUUGGGGGAAUGAUCAUGACUGA